AUGGUCCAAGCUAAGGUUCUUGUCAUUCACUUGAAGAAUGAAUCAGCUGAAUCCGUUAUUAAUAAAGUGAAACGAUUGAAUGAAAAAUCUGGCCCUUUCGAAUGUAUUUUUUUCCUAGGCGAUUUACUGUCCAAACUCGAUCAAGUAGAUAUCAGCACAUUGCCGCCAAUAUAUUGCUUCACGUCCUUACCUGAUAGCCCAGUUAAUGGAUCCGAUGAAGUUCAGGCAAACUUGACUCGGUUAAAUGGCUACGGCGUUUAUCAAAUGACUAACAAGCUAAGAAUUGGUUAUAUUGCAUUGGAAGAAGCUAAGUGUAAUGAACUAAAAGAUAAAAUACUAGAGAAGUUUAAAUUGGUAAAUGCACCUAUUGAUAUCCUAAUAACCAGAGAAUGGAGCACACACAUAGCUGAACUGAAAGAUAGACUAUCCGGAAGUGAUACUAUCGAUGAUGUAGCUAAACUAUUGCAACCCAGAUACCAUUUUACAUACAGCGAUAACGACACUUUCUUUGAAUUGAAUCCAUUCUUAUGGAAUGAAAAGGAAUCAGUUAGUCGAUUUAUCAACUUAGCAACAUAUGGAUCUGGGAGUAAAUGGGCAUAUGCCUUCAACAUUAAAAUUGAAACGGACGAUGACAUAGAAGAUGAACAUGAAAGCAAUCUUCCAACGAAUCUUAUCAGUAAUCCGUAUUCAACCACAAAUAUCAAGAAGCGACCAAUGGACCUAAUAGAUACAGACGGUCAACAGGUCACUAAAAGUUCGAUCUCGCUGAAGAAACCAAGGAAAGUGUUACCAAUUGACUGCCAUUUUUGCUUCACUAAUCCGAACAUGGAAGAUCAUAUGAUAAUAUCAAUUGAUGAUUCCGCAUAUAUGACAACGGCUAAGGGGCCAUUAACAGUUCCUAAGGGAGAUAUGAAUUUCCCUGGUCACUGCUUGAUAAUUCCUAUCGAACAUAUUCCAAAAUUUAAUAAUGUAGAUGGCCAAUCUCCAUUCGAGACACCACUGGGGAAAGACUUACUUGCCUAUGAAAGGAGUGUUGUUAAUAUGAAUUACCAAAAAUUUGACAUGUCUACAAUUGUUUUCGAGAUUAAUUCCGAAAGGUCCAUCCACUUCCAUAAGCAAGUCUUUCCUAUACCGAAGUACUUGAUCAUGAAAUUUAAUGAGUCACUAGACAGACAACUUCAUUUUAACAAUGAAAAAUAUUCUAGAAAUGCGAAACUCAACUUUGAAAAAUUUGAGACAACAUCAGAUUUAAGAUAUGAAGCCAUAGUUAAGAACUCAAACAUGAAUUAUUUGCAAUUCACAGUUUAUGAGACCCCAAUUACUGAACCAGCAAUAUAUGUAUCCAAAUUUGAACUUGAUGACCGUUUAGAUCUGCAAUUCGGGAGGAGAGUUGUUGCAUUCUUACUACAUCUUCCUAAUCGAUUGAACUGGGAUUCUCCAACUUGUCAGCAGACCAAGGAGCAGGAAAUGAUAGAUGUUGAAAAAUUUCAAAAAAGUUAUAAAGAAUAUGAUAUUGCCAAGUCUAAAUGA